AUGAAUUAAAAAUUGAAAAAGAAGAGUUAAAGUAAAGGAAAUACCCAGAAAUUAUAAGUGGAAGUGGAUAUUAUGGUUUGAUUGUUUUUUAUUGGCGUAGGAAUAACGAAUAGUAGGACUUAAAUAAAUAUUGUAAUCUCAAAAAGAGUCUAAUAAAGAAAGAAUGUUAGUAAGUUAAGGAUCGACAAGAUGGUCAGCAGCUUCAACAAAUAUUCCUUUAAGAAGUAGAUAGUUAAUAAAUAUGAUAGAUUAUGGGAAACAUGUUUUGGAAAAACACAGAGAAGUUGCAAAAACAUUGCAACAGAAAAAUAAAUAAAAUAAAGUGGGAUCUAGGCCUUCAUCUCGUUCAAGUUCAAUAUCAAAAUAAAGCAAAUAAUCAGAGGAUAAAAGAGUAUAGAAUGAAAGCUAUUUGACAUAAAGUCUGAAUUUUACAGAGAAGAAUUCAGCAAAUGAAAAUUUGAAACGUGCACUUCAAGUUUAAUAAUGUAAAUAUUAUAUAUUUAGGUUAGUUAGAAUACUGUAAUGAAGUAGUAAAAUUCCUUACUUCUAUUAAUCUUGAUAAACAUGCAGGAGUGAUACUUGAAAAUGGUUUUGAUGAGAUGGAUCUUUUAAAAGAAAUAUCUGUAGAUCAUUUAAAAGAUAUGAAUAUACCACCUAUGGAAGCAAGAAAAUUAUUGAAUCGUGUGUAAAAAUUAGUAGAACUUGAAGAAAAAAGAAUUGUAUAAUCAUAAAAGCAAGCUUAACGUUUAAAAGAAUCUUAAAGUCAUAUAAGUGAGAUAACAAAUUCAGAAAUCUAUAAUGAAGAAGAAUAACAUCGAUUAUUUUAAGAAGCUGUUAUGGAAUAUAGAUAAUAAUAAUAGAAGUAAUAAAAAGAAUAGAAGGAAUAAGCAAUAUAACAUACAGAGGAAAUAUUAAUAGAAGAUGAAUCUUUAGGGUAUAUUUCAAGUCGAAAGAAUAAAAAAGAAGAAUAAUAAAGAAAUAAAAUGAAAUUUUUAUUAUCAGGAGGAAAUGAAUGGAAAAUGUUUGAUAUUGAUUAUGAUUAAAAUUAAGGAACUGAUUAAUAACCAGUUAUUAUUGAUAAAACAUCAUGUUAUUAGUGUUAUAGAUUAUUUGAUUAGAAAUAUGUAGUAAAUAAUAAUGGGAAAGAAUUUUGUUCAAAAGAAUGUGUUGAAUAGUAUAAAUUACAAAACAUAGUAAAAAUAAUUGAUUAUAAUCAUAGUAUCUAUGUCGUUCUUAAUCAUGUGCUAGAUAAAUAGAUAUUACAUAAGCAUAUUAUGAUAUAGGCUAGUGGUUUUGCAAUUAAGAUUGUUUUAAAUAAUAUCAAUGGGAAUGUGUUAACAUUAGAGGUAGAACCCACAUUAGUUUAUGA